UUUGCCCAAAUGCAGAGAUGACAGGGACUGUCCGGCUGAGCACAUGUGCAGCAGCUCCCAAGGAAGACUCAUCUGCAAACCUGUUACUGUUGGCGGGAUCCCAGGAGCAGCCUCUCCUGUCCCUGCUGGUGGUGCAGAGAGACCACAGGAAGAGAUGCCAGCAAGCGCUUUGCCGGGGGAAAGCCCUUCGUUAAGGGAAAAACCCGUCUCUGUUUCAAGCCCUGAGUCCAGCACAGUCACCCCAGCCAAGAAGCCAGGGUCAGGUGAACAUCUGGUGUCUAAAGAGAAGCUCCCACCUGGGGAAAAGCUGGUUACUUCUGUGACACCUGCAACAGAGGAGAAACUGUCUGGGGUGAAGCCCACAUCAGGGAACAAACCCACACUGGUUGAGAGACCGGAGACUGGGGGGAAGCCAGAGACUGAGGGGAAGCCAGCAUCCGAGGGAAAGCCAGAGUCGGGAGAGAAGACAGAGUCUGACCAGGGUGACAGUGGAGAGGAUGAUGACAACGAUGAUGACGACGAUGAUGAUGGUGGUGAUGAUGAUGAUGAGAAAAAUCAACACAACACUUAUGAUUAUGAUGAUGAUGAUAACAACAACUAUGACUAUGGGGAUGAUGAUGACGGUGACGAUGAUGAUGAUGAUGACGGUGACGAUGAUGCUGAUGGUGGUGAUGACGGUGACGAUGAUGGUGACAACAGUGAUGACAAUGGCAGUGAUGGCGAUGAUGCCUGGUGA